UAGCACUCACAGUGCAGCUAACUUCAAGAACGCCUUGCAGCCCUCUCUCUGCCGCCAUGUCUUUCAACUGCUCUCCAAGAAAUUGCUCUUCCAGGCCAGUCGGAGGACGUUAUACUGCCCCAGCGGGCCCAGCUGCCACGGCUUCAGCCGGUGACAUAGACUGCCUGAGUGGCAUAUGCUUGCCCAGUUCCUUCCAAACGAGUUCCUGGCUCCUGGACCAUUGUCAGGAGUCAUGCUGCGAGCCCAGCGUCUGCCAGCCAGCGUGCUACCAGAGAACUUCUUGUGUCUCCACUCCUGCCCAGGUAACUUGCAGUCGACAGACUACCUGCGUCUCUACUCCUUCCUCUACUCCCUGUAGCCGGCCACUCACUUUUGUGUCCGGUGGCUGUCAGCCCUUGGGAGGCGUUUCCAGCUCCUGCCAACCAGUGGGAGGCAGCUCUGCUGUCUGCCAACCAGUGGGAGGCAUCUCUGCUGUCUGCCAACCAGUGGGAGGCAUCUCUGCCAUCAGCCAGCCAGUGGGAGGCAUCUCUACUGUCUGCCAACCAACCUGUGGAGUCUCCAGGCCCUACCAGCAGUCCUAUGUGUCCGGCUGCCGAAGAACCUGUUGAGCAUGUAGGAGCCACUGAGCCCGUUGAAUCUCCGGCCCCGCCAGCUGUGUUUCCAGGAUCUCC